AUGCUUAAAACUUUCCUAACUGUACUCUUGCAUACUCAGCAUCAAAAAAUCAUUGAAAGUUUACCCAUAUCAGAGCCCAAAACUGAGAUAAAACAAAAGAGAAGAAGCAGAUAUGAUCAAAAAGGAAGAAUUCACAAGUGUGGAUGUGGCAAGGCAUAUUUGAGCUAUCCCGCCCUCUUUACUCAUAUCAAAACCAAGCAUGAUAGGCAAAAUCCAGACUGCUCAGAUGUUCCACGAGUAAAAGCCAGAUCUAAAAGAAGAAGUCUGCCAAAGAUUAUUAAUACAAAUAGGCCUGCAAAGAUUGCAAAGCCUGAAUCUGCUGCUGAAAUUAAUGAAAGACAACUCCUGGGUGAUGAAGCUUCAUAUCUUACCCUCCUCUAGUCAUCAAGCCAAAAUUUUUUGCUCACUCAUAAAGUAGUUUUAUUUUAAAUUGUUCAUUGUGCCCAAAAAUCACAAAGAAGUAUAUAAGUUUUAUAUAAAUUCCUCUGAGAAUAAAAGAAAUUUUAUUAUAACUCUAUUUUAUAUUAACCAAUUUUUUGAUCGGUUAUAGAGGUAUUAAUUAUGAUUUUUAAAUGCUUGGGUCACUUUUAGAAGAGAGCUAGAGAAAUUGGAUGCUAUUCUUCACAUGGCACAGAUGCAACUGAAAAUUUCCCUCGGAUUUUCAAAAAUCACAGAGAAUAUGAGCAUACCCUUUUGCCGAUCUUAAAAGAAAUAAUGCUUUCUGAGACAAAUAAAAAUGGAGAAAACACAGAAAAAGAGUAUAUUGGUGCUGAUAUUUUUGCUAAGUUUCUAUUAAACCAUGCCAAAGUUUGCCAAAAAGAUUUUUAUAACGAAUUAGUCUUAUUCAUCGUGCUUUUAUACAAAUUUCUAGACGAAGAAGUAGCGGAAGGCUUUUUAUCCACUAACAAUUGUGAAGAAGUUCCAUGCUAUCUGCCUCGAUUUAUGGUAUAUCUAGAUGCCAUCAAAUGCGAAUUUGACAAAGCCAAGCUGUUAGAGCUUGUAAAUCAUUUUAUUGAGUGGCUUUAUUCCCAUAAAUACACCCAUAUGAGAGUAAUAUACAAUUAA